CAGAGCGCAUGCCGCCGGUUACGAGGAAUGGCCAACACGGACGGCCCCGGCAUCGGAUCCUCUCCUCUGUCUCUCAGCUCACUCAUCGCGGCCAAUUCGGAAGUCCUGCGCAAUGGGUGGCCUACGCUUUAGCCGCCUUCUUUGGCCUACACGUGUUCUACAGCUACUUCCACUCGUUUGAUCUCUGCCACGGCAUAUCGAUGAUGCCCACCAUCUUCAGUUUUGGCGAGUGGGUGUGGAUCAGCAAAUACUACAGACGAGGACGUGAUGUCGAGGUAGGAGACCUCGUCAGCUUCAAGAGCCCUAUCAGGGAUGGUGAACAUGCCAUCAAGAGAGUGAUUGGUCUGCCAGGCGACUUCGUACUGAUGAACACGCCUGGCAAGAGUGAUGCCAUGAUCCAGAUACCGGAAGGUCACUGCUGGGUAGUGGGAGACAAUCUUGCUUUCUCUCGCGACUCCAGAGUAUUUGGUCCCCUACCUAUGGGACUCAUCAUUGGUAAGGUCUUGUUCAAGUUCAAUUUCCAUCGCUACAUUCCUUGGGACUUUGAGUCGUUACAACAAGGACUGCAGUCAUUCGACGAGUCCGACGUUGAUUGAAGUCUCAAUGCCUCUUCUUACCUUCUUUCUGAUCUGAUUUGAUCUGAUCGGAAUCUCGGCCUUCUUGGCAAAGCGCCUGGUACGCGUAUCCGUGUCCGGCCCAUCAUAGCCAUGCACAUGAGAACCAGACUCAGGCAGUGAGGCACAUCUCUGCAGUGAGACUCCGUAUUGAUGCCUCUCGCGCUGCUCUUGAAACAUUGAAACUGGAACGAGGACACAACACAAAUGCGUCAUCAUGCAGGUUGCGCUGUAACUUCCCCUCGCGGAUCUCACCUCCUCUUCGGGCAGUGCGCCACACAAUACCCAGGCAACGCUCCUUAAAGCGUUGGCCAUCAGUCGCGUUACGCAGCAGUACUCCACCGAAACGACUUGGUCCUGCGUUAAGCUUCAACAAGACUCCAACACCUUCACUGCUUCCAGUAAUGGCUCAGCCGAUUCUCAUCAUUGGCGCUGGAAUCAGUGGUCUUACAACGGCCCAGGCGCUACGAAAGGAAGGCAUACCUUUCCGAAUAUUCGAACGUGACGAACGUCCAGCUUCUAGAGAUGCGGGCUGGGGUCUGACAUUGAAUUGGUCAUUACCAAUAUUCAAGUCGCUGCUGCCAGCGGAUAUCCUGUCCAGACUACCAGAGACCUAUGUCAACCGUGAGGCUGUUGAUGCGGGCGAGCAGGGUAGCUUCACCUUCUACGAUCUGAGCACUGGCGAAGCAAAAUGGAAUGUUCCAGCCUCUGAGCGUAUUAGGGUCAGUAGGCACCGACUCAAGAGGCUGCUAUUGAGUGGCCUAAAAGUGGAAUGGAACAAGACCGUUGGGAACAUUGUGAAGAACGACUCGGGCGCAACAGCAUUCUUUUACGAUGGCACAUCAGCAACUGGUUCUUUCCUGGUAGCCUGUGAUGGUGCCCACUCCAUUGCUCGCCGGAUCAUACAUUCCACCACUUAUCAGAACUAUCAACUACCGGUAAGGAUCGUUGGCACUGGGGUGUAUUAUACCGAAAGUCAGGUCGCUGGUAUUCGUAGUCUCGACCCUUACUUCCUGCAUGGCUCGGACCCUCGCACAGAUGCAUACUUAUGGUUCUCGUUCCUCGAGACACCCGGUGACCCUGACUGUCCGGCUCUCAAUGAACACGGGGAGAGGAUGUACCAUUGUCAGAUAAUGACUUCUUGGCCCUACCGCGAAGGAUUCUGCGGACGUGCCAACCCCAUUGAAGUCCCAAACACAAAAGAAGCUCAACUCAAUUGGAUGAAAGCACUGUCAGUCGACUGGGUCGAGCCAUUCAACUCGAUUGUGCAGAAUAUUCCGGUGAACUCUGAGAUCAAAACCGUCUCGCUCACGGACUGGAUACCUCAGCGCAACAUGGACGAUAUCUUCGAUGGCCGAGUAGUUCUCUUGGGAGAUGCAAUGCAUAACAUGGUCAUGUACCGCGGCGAAGGCGCAAAUCACGCUAUCGUGGACGUAUCGGUAUUGCUCGAUGCACUAAAGCCACUUUACAGUAACAAGCUGGACUUGACUGUAGGCAAAGUCAACAAAGCCUUCCGAGAUGCUGUUGAUAGAUACGAGGAUGAAGUUGUGGCGAGGACAGAAAUUGCUGUCUUGGCCUCCAGGCAAGCGUGUCUUGACGCACAUGAUUAUCAGCGUCUGAACGAUGAGAGUCUGUUGGUGAGAAGGAGGCUGAUGAGGUCUGAUCUGGAUUUUUCGGCGGGAUGACUGCUUUCCUCGGACAGCGAUGGAGGGAUGAACGGAAUCACGAGCUGAUGGAGCUGGAUUCUGCGAACCAAGUGAUCUUGAUCCGGAAAAGCUUACGACAAGUCCGUGCAAGCUCUUUCGGAUCAACCGAAGCAGCUCAUCGCAAAAUAUACAGAGCUUUGGGUAUGUGGAAUUCGAUGUGGCAUCUUGAUUCUCGUGCCUGGCUGUCGUCGGCUCGUGCUUACACUCAACCGCUGGGAGCAACGCCAGCACGAUUCGCGAUCUCUGCAUGCUGUUGUAGCACCGCUGUACCUGCUGAGAGCUGGAAACAGCACUGAAGGGGCUGGAAAACGCAGGCGUCGAUUGAACAGACCGACCUCUCAGCCAACACAAACAUCUGCACGGCAUCAGGAUACAGGUAUCUACUACCACUUCUCAACCAACUAUGCCAUCAGAGCGAAUAGUCCGUUUGAAAGGGUCAUUGAGGCAGUUCGACGUAACAGCCUGAGCUCAAAUCCUGGCCAUAGUUCUUUGUUGUUGAUGAUGCUGGCGGCGCCACCAGAGGCUUGCAGCCACACCGCCCAGUCGGUCCUUCACUCGUAACACCAGCCUCUUUUAGCAUGCGCGGUCACAUCACUAAUCUCGAAGGUCUCGGGUAAACCCAGCCAAGUUGGUUUACUUGGACUCUCAAUACAACCGACACAGCGAGGGCUUCGGACCACGCCAUGCGUUUCAUGUCAGAUGUGGUUGAUUGCGUGAAUUCGGGGCGUAUCCUGGUCCGCCAGUGGACGCGCACAGUCCACCCUUCCAUAACAGACACUGCACCCGGAAAACCUGCCUUCAGUAACAUGGUGCAUAAUGAAGUCCACAGGGGCGACGAUCAUGUCCUCCACACGAUCACGAUGACAGUGCGUUGCUCAGCGUAUUCUCAGUAUAGCAAUUUACCACAUUGAAGCUUGCAGAGCUGCGCAGAAUUGCGCCCAUAUCACGCCUAGACCGAUAUCUGCCCACGGAUGGUGGGCUUCAAUGCGCACAUUACGCACCCGAGACCUGACAUGCAUGUUACUCACAUGUUGAUAUCUUUCAUGACUAUUCCACUCUCGAGGCGUAUCCCAUCUACGUGCUAGUCAAUAGAACACGCGAGCAGACAUCCGGCAUGGCUGGGCUUCUCAUGCAUGGAGCAAUUCCACUGCAUCGAUGUUUCUUGCACGUCGUCAGCUCACCGACCUGUUGAGCACUGUACAGAAGGGCUUGUGGAGUAUGACUAUCCAUAUAAGAUCUCAAGGUUCACUCGACAAGACUGUUCAUCCUCCCAGCACAUCUCUCCAGUCCGCUCUUCCCAGCCAAUUGUGUUGACUUUUCUUCCACCGACAUCUCACUCCCCCAAAGAUUGGCCUUGACACUUCAAGAUGACGAAGCUACAAUACUUCAUCGGUGCACUCUUGGCAUCGUCGGUUUUGGCAUCGCCUUGGAACCGAGGCGUGAAGCGUGGAGAAGACCAUGGCAACUCGGGAUAUGGAGGAGGUGGAGGAGGAUGGUCGAGCUCGAGCUCGCCACCUGCCUAUGGGCCUACCACAUGGGCAACGACCUGCGAGGCAUCGACCAUCACGAUCCCUGUGACCGCGUAUUCGACGUCUGCCUAUACUAUGUACAACACAUAUACGACGACGGAGACCAGUACAGCACCUGGGACGACUGCGACUUCGACAUGCUACGUUACGCUUCCACCCAGCACGACCACGACCACUACUACAUACUACCCACCACCCUCAAUCUCGACCGCGUGGAGCUAUCAGACCAUUACUUAUGAUUCCACUUCGGUGGUGACAUCCACCGAGACAGUGAUUUCUUCUGCUUCUUGCUCAUCACAAUACACCAAGCCUUGGAGCUAUCCUACCAUCAGCACAUCCUGUCCACCUCCCACGACUCUCACAGUCACUUCAACAGCACCACCGUACUACCAAACUUAUACCGAGAGCUACACGGCGACUUGUUCGACAUCUCCAUGGUCUGCCAGUACCAUUACAGCCACGAUUACCGAGUCUGCUACGUGCUCGACGACAACGACCUGGGCUACGCCACCUGUCUACACUACACCAAGCACGACUUGGGCUACGCCACCUCCUUACACUACCUCUACUAGUUCAAGCACUACCACUUGGGCUACGCCACCUGUCUACACUACCUCCACCUCUAAUUCAAGCACCACCACUUGGACCAAGCCACCUGCCUACACUACUACUAGUUCAAGCUCGACUUGGACCAAGCCACCUGCCUAUACUACUACUACCACUACUACUAGUUCAAGCUCGACUUCAAGCACUACUACUUGGACUAAGCCACCUGCCUACACUACUACGAGUUCAAGCAAUACCAGCUGGGGAGGCUAUUCUCCGAGCGCAUACUCGUCUUCUAGCACCGCGUGGUAAUCGCUCUAUGCGGGUUGCACCACAAUAAGGUACUGCUACCACAGGGCAGGAGAAACGGCCGGGAGAUUUGAUGAUGAGUGAUGAUCUGACGUCUGCUGGGAAGAAUUGUGCGCGAGUGCUCGAGGUGUCGACUCAAGG